AUCGUUGUCCCAUAGAAGUAGCUGUGGGGAAGGUGUACAGCUUAACUAUCAUAAAGCAUCUUCACGCACAGAACUCAGCAUGCCACACAGGUGUAACAAGUAGCACUGAAUGCUCCUGUGGACGUAAUCACUUUACUUGUGCUGUCAGCGCUUUUGGUGAAUGUACGUGCAUCCCUGCUCAGUGGCAAUGUGAUGGAGACAACGACUGUGGAGACCACAGUGAUGAAGAUGGCUGCAUGCUGCCCACUUGCUCCCCCUUGGACUUCCACUGCGACAAUGGGAAGUGUAUCCGUCGUUCGUGGGUCUGCGAUGGAGACAACGACUGUGAGGAUGAUUCUGAUGAACAGGACUGCCCGCCACGGGAAUGCGAGGAAGAUGAAUUCUCAUGUCAGAAUGGAUACUGCAUCCGCAGCCUGUGGCACUGCGAUGGUGAUAAUGACUGUGGUGACAACAGCGAUGAGCAGUGUGAUAUGAGAAAGUGCUCAGAGAAGGAGUUUCGCUGCAGUGAUGGUAGCUGCAUAGCUGAGCACUGGUUCUGUGAUGGUGACACAGACUGCAAGGACGGCUCAGAUGAAGAGAACUGCCCAUCAGAUGUUCCAGCUGCCACCUGCAGCUUGGAGGAGUUCCAGUGUGCGUAUGGACGCUGCAUCUUGGACAUCUACCACUGUGAUGGCGAUGAUGACUGUGGGGACUGGUCUGAUGAAUCUGAUUGCUCAUCUCACCAGCCGUGUCGCUCUGGGGAAUUCAUGUGCAACAGUGGCUUGUGCAUUAAUGCUGGCUGGAGGUGUGAUGGAGACUUUGACUGUGAUGACCAGUCAGAUGAGAGGAACUGCACUGCGUCUAUGUGCACAGCUGACCAGUUCCGCUGUAAAUCAGGGCGCUGUGUCCGUCUCUCCUGGCGUUGUGAUGGGGAAGAUGACUGCUCUGACAACAGCGAUGAGGAGAACUGUGAGAACACAGGAACCCCACAGUGUGCCCCAGACCAGUUCCUGUGUGAGAACGGACGCUGUAUCGGCCAGAGAAAGCUGUGCAAUGGUGCAAAUGAUUGUGGAGAUGGCAGUGAUGAGAGCCCACACCAAAACUGCCGUCCGCGAACAGGGGAGGAAAACUGCAAUAUCAACAAUGGUGGCUGUGCUCAGAAGUGCCAGAUGGUACGAGGGAUGGUACAGUGCACCUGCCACACAGGUUACAGGCUUCUGGAAGAUGGCCGAUCGUGCCAAGAUGUGAAUGAAUGUGCAGAGGAGGGUUACUGCAGCCAAGGCUGUACCAACAGUGAAGGAGGCUUCCAGUGCUGGUGUGAGCAAGGCUAUGAGCUGCGACCUGACAAGCGCAGCUGCAAAGCUCUAGGGCCGGAGCCAGUGCUGCUUUUUGCCAAUCGGAUUGAUAUCCGACAAGUGUUGCCUCAUCGCUCGGAGUAUACACUGCUCCUGAACAACCUGGAAAAUGCCAUUGCCCUUGACUUCCACCACAGCAAGGAGCUGGUUUUCUGGUCUGAUGUCACUCUGGACCGCAUAAUGAGGGCCAACCUGAAUGGUAGCAACGUGGAAGAGGUGGUUUCCACAGGCCUGGAGAGCCCAGGUGGACUUGCUAUUGACUGGAUCCAUGACAAAUUAUACUGGACAGACUCUGGGACCUCUCGGAUUGAAGUAGCAAACUUGGAUGGCACUCACAGGAAAGUGCUGCUGUGGCAGAACCUGGAGAAGCCACGAGCGAUUGCCCUCCAUCCUAUGGAGGGCACUAUCUACUGGACUGACUGGGGCAACACUCCUCGCAUUGAGUAUUCCAACAUGGAUGGCUCCAAUCGGCGCAUCAUUGCAGAUACGCACCUCUUCUGGCCCAACGGACUGACUAUUGACUAUGCAGGGCAUCGAAUGUACUGGGUGGAUGCCAAACAUCAUGUCAUUGAGAGGGCUGACCUUGAUGGGCAGAAUAGGAAGGCUGUUAUUAGCCAAGGGCUCCCGCACCCCUUCGCUAUCACCGUGUUUGAAGACAGUCUGUACUGGACGGACUGGCACACCAAGAGCAUCAACAGCGCCAACAAAUUCACGGGGAAGAACCAGGAGAUCAUCCGCAACAAACUCCACUUCCCUAUGGACAUCCAUACACUGCAUCCUCAGCGCCAGCCAGCAGCAGGGAGAAACCGUUGUGGGGCCAACAAUGGGGGCUGUACUCACCUCUGCCUGCCAAGCAGCAAGGAUUACACCUGCGCCUGCCCCACUGGCUUCCGCAAGACCAGCAACCAUGCCUGUGCCCAGAGUCUUGACAAGUUCCUGCUUUUUGCCCGAAGGAUGGACAUCCGUCGGAUCAGCUUUGACACAGAUGACUUGUCAGAUGAUGUCAUUCCCCUUGCUGAUGUGCGCAGUGCUGUGGCUCUGGAUUGGGACUCAAAAGAUGAUUAUGUCUACUGGACUGAUGUUAGCACCGACUCCAUCAGCCGAGCUAAAUGGGAUGGAUCAAGCCAAGAGGUUGUGGUGGACACUAGCCUGGAAAGUCCAGCUGGACUGGCAAUUGACUGGGUCACCAACAAGCUGUACUGGACUGAUGCAGGAACAGAUCGGAUAGAGGUCUCCAACACAGAUGGGACCAUGAGGACUGUUCUGAUCUGGGAGAACCUCGACAGACCCAGAGAUAUCGUGGUGGACCCUGUUGGAGGAUUCAUGUACUGGACUGACUGGGGAGCCAGCCCGAAGAUUGAGCGUGCUGGUAUGGAUGCCUCAAACCGCUUGGUGAUCAUCUCCUCCAACCUGACGUGGCCCAAUGGUUUGGCCAUUGACUACGAGUCACAGCGCUUGUACUGGGCCGACGCAGGCAUGAAGACCAUUGAGUAUGCCAGUCUGGAUGGGAGCAGCAGGAAGGUGCUGAUUGGGAGCAAUCUGCCUCACCCCUUUGGACUUACUCUUUAUGGCGAGAGAAUCUACUGGACAGACUGGCAGGCCAAAAGCAUCCAGAGUGCAGAUAGAAGGACUGGGCAGGCUCGGGAAACGCUGCAAGACAAUCUGGAGAACCUUAUGGAUAUUCAUGUUUUCCACCGGCACAGGCCACCAGUGCACACAGCAUGUGAAGUUAACAAUGGAGGCUGCAGUCACCUGUGCCUUCUGGCACCUCUUCCAAAAGGUUAUAGCUGUACCUGCCCUACUGGGAUCAACCUGCAGUCUGAUGGCAAGACCUGCUCCCCUGGAAUGACCAGCUUUCUGAUCUUUGCUAGAAGGACUGACAUCCGGAUGGUCUCUCUGGAUAUUCCCUACUUUGCAGAUGUUGUUGUCUCAGUCAAUGUCACUAUGAAGAACACCAUUGCAAUUGGGGUGGAUCCUCAGGAAGGAAAGGUUUACUGGUCAGACAGCACACUGCGGAAGAUCAGCCGGGCUGCCCUUGAUGGCUCCCAGUAUGAGGACAUCAUCACCACAGGUCUCUUGACUACAGAUGGGCUGGCCGUGGAUGCUAUUGGCAGGAAGAUAUAUUGGACAGAUACAGGAACAAAUAGGAUUGAAGUGGGCAACCUGGAUGGCUCCAUGAGGAAAGUCUUGGUCUGGCAGAACCUGGACAGCCCACGGGCAAUAGCAUUAUACCACGAGAUGGGGUACAUGUACUGGACAGAUUGGGGUGAGAAUGCCAAGCUGGAGCGCUCUGGGAUGGAUGGCUCAGGACGUGUAGUGCUGAUCAGCAACAACCUGGGCUGGCCUAAUGGACUAGCAGUGGACAAGGCUGGGUCCCAGCUGCUCUGGGCUGAUGCACACACUGAGCGUAUUGAGGCUGCAGAUCUCAAUGGUGCAAACCGCCGCACCCUGCUGUCCCCAGUGCAACAUCCCUAUGGCCUCACUCUGCUGGACUCUUACAUCUACUGGACUGACUGGCAAACUCGCAGCAUUCACAGGGCUGACAAGGAUACGGGAGCCAACGUCAUUUUGGUGAGGGCAAACCUGCCCGGCCUCAUGGACGUUCAGGCUGUUGAUAGGGCACGGCCCCUGGGCUUUAAUAAAUGUGGAGUUCGUAAUGGCGGCUGCUCCCACCUUUGCUUGCCUCCUCCCACUGGCUUCUCCUGUGCCUGCCCCACUGGCAUCCAGCUGAAGAGAGAUGAGCAGACAUGUGACUCUUCUCCAGAGACCUACCUACUCUUCUCUAGUCGUGCCUCCAUCCGUCGUAUCUCGCUGGACACCAGCGACCACACGGAUGUACACAUACCUGUCCCUGAGCUGAACAACGUAAUUUCUCUGGACUACGAUAGCGUGGAUGGCAAGAUUUACUACACAGAUGUUUUCCUUGAUGUCAUCAGGCGGUCUGACCUGAAUGGCAGCAACAUGGAGACUGUUAUUGGUCAGGGGCUGAAGACGACAGAUGGCCUGGCAGUGGACUGGGUCGCCAGGAACCUCUACUGGACAGAUACAGGACGCAAUACCAUAGAAGUAGCUAGACUGGAUGGAAGCUCUAGGAAGGUGCUGAUCAAUAACAGCCUGGAUGAGCCCCGAGCCAUUGCUGUCUUUCCCAAGAAGGGGUACCUCUUCUGGACAGAUUGGGGUCACAUUGCUAAAAUUGAACGGGCAAACUUGGAUGGCUCUGAACGUAAAAUCCUGAUCAACACUGACCUAGGAUGGCCCAAUGGAUUGACCUUGGAUUAUGACACCAGGAGGAUUUACUGGGUGGAUGCACAUCUUGAUCGCAUAGAGAGUUGUGAUCUCAAUGGGAAGCUACGCCAAGUGUUGGUCAGCCAGGUGUCGCAUCCCUUUGCUCUGACACAGCAGGAUAGGUGGAUAUACUGGACUGACUGGCAAACCAAAUCUAUCCAGCGAGUGGACAAGUACUCUGGGCGGAAUAAGGAAACGGUCCUGGCCAAUGUUGAAGGAUUGAUGGAUAUCAUUGUGGUUUCCCCUCAGAGACAGACAGGUACUAAUGCUUGUGGAGUGAACAAUGGAGGCUGCACUCAUCUCUGCUUUGCCAGAGCUUCUGACUUUGUCUGCGCAUGUCCUGAUGAACCAGAUGGGCGGCCCUGUUCCACUGUUCCUGGUGUGGUGCCCCCUGGUCCGGAAACUACCAGUGUAAGUGAGAGAAGUCAGACACUGCCUGGCAGAGUAACUACCUCAACGACCAAACCUCUUACAUCUCUGGAAGCAGUGGAAGGAAACUGCUCUGAUAAAGAUGCCAGGCGAGGCUUGUGUACCCGUGACAAUGAGGCAGUGCUUGCAACCGUGGGAGAAGGAUUGCACGUUAGCUACAUUAUUGGAGGCCUUCUCAGCAUCUUGUUUAUUUUGCUGCUUAUUGCCGCUUUAAUUAUAUAUAGGCAUAAUAAGACCAAGUUCACGGACCCUGGCUUGGGGAACCUAACCUACAGUAAUCCGUCAUAUCGGACAUCUACCCAGGAGGUGAAGAUUGAAACGAUUCCCAAACCAGCCAUGUACAACCAAUUGUGCUAUAAGAAAGAGGCUGGUCCUGAUCACAGCUACACCAAGGAGAAGAUCAAGAUUGUGGAGGGGAUUUGCCUUUUGUCCAGUGAUGACUCGGAAUGGGAUGACCUUAAACAGAUUCGGAGCUCCCGAGGAGGGAUCCUCCGGGACCACGUCUGCAUGAAGACAGACACGGUCUCUAUUCAAGCUAGUUCUGGUUCACUGGAUGACACUGAAACUGAGCAGCUGCUACAGGAAGAACAGUCUGAGUGACACACCCCCCCCCCAGCCACUCCCGAACGGCGUGGCUCGCUCCCAGACACAGGCUGGAAGCACCAACGCAAGCCCUCCACAGAGAGUGAGGUCUAAAGUGCGCGCUACUUUGGAGAUGCUUGUACCCUCCCUAGCCUCCACUCUGCACGAAAAAGACGGGACUCUGCCUGCCAAGCAAGGAAGGGUGCAGAGAUUAGCCUCUCUUGAAAGGAGCCCAGAGACUGUGACUGCCUUUGAGCAAGGAGCCUGGGCAACUGUUCUGUUGUGGUUGGAGAGGGAGGAUGGGUGGGUUGGAACCCAGAGACCUUUUUGGCUUGUUUUCACUGUCUGUGGUUUAUUUAUAUGGUCCCUUUUCCUGGAAGCUGCCACAUUAACUUUUGCAGUGACUCCUCUGGCCUGAGUCUGGUUCAGAUUCUGUCUUUGGCAACCUGCAAAUCCCAUGCAGUUCAGCUCACAGUCGAUGCCCCUGAAGAGAGCAGACAGAGCUACUUCAUUGCUAGCUCUUGGUCACAGACGUUCCCCUAGUCAUUCCAGCACUAGCAGCGCUCUGAGGCUUUGUGUUGUGGGGUCUCUGACUUAAGAAAUAUCACAGAAUAGAUGGGAUAUGCUUUGGGGCUUAAGGGGACAGUGACACAGUAUCAAGUCACCUUUUAAGGGCCUACAGAGAGUAACCACACUUGCCAUGAUUUGCUUCAUGAGAGCAUCACUGCUUACUUUCCCACCUGCUAGUAAAAACCUUAAUGAAUUCUGGGAUUGGAGCACUGUGUCUGUUGCUGGCAGUGGACAUUGCUCCUUUUCACUCCCUUCUGUUAAAACAUGUUUCUGCUCUGGAAAAACAAGUCAGCAAAUGGCCCUUUCAGAACUGUUCUCUGUAGGUACUGUGGUCAGAGUACUGUAUUCAAGCUAAAAAAAUAAAUUAGUAUUGUUCGUAGCUCUACUGAGCUAAUGGGAGGAAAUGUAUCUCAGCAAGCACUAGAUUUUACUCUUUCCUAACUGAUAUGUAUAAAACAAAAGAUAGAAAAUUUGCUUAAUCCCCACAAGUCCCAGUUCUACAAGGUUCCAGUUGUUUUGGCCUUCAGGACCUUCGAUUACAGUGAUGAGGGGAAAUAAGAGAAUUCCUAGGUUGACUCUCCCCCAGGGGAAUCUUCAGUGCUGACAGUUAGGAACUGCUUUAUUAAUAGACUAAGCCCAUUUGACCUAGAAUAGGAGACUAAUCGUGGAGCUGUAAGGGCCAUUUUUAAAUAGUUGCUUAGCAGAUAGAAUUGCACUUUAAGUUCUAUUAUUACUAGUAAAUAGCUGUCCUUGCAGAGUCAUUCUCCCAUCAGCUCUAGGAACCUCAGAUAUUCUCUGGCCUCCAAGGCCUUUACCCUGUAGGGAAUGAAUAAUCCCACCCUUGCAGUUACAGACACCUCGGCAGCAUCUGGAGCUUGCAUACUCCUGAGGACUGUGCCACUGUUUCAUGUUCUCUUGGUGUCUCAUAUCUGGUCGGAGAACAAAGAGGUAGAGAAAAUCUCUCUUGACUCCUCUUCGAUAGUGCGAUUUAUAUCAUCUCGCCAAGUCAUGUGAAUACUCUUAGGGUAAGAUAGGAAGUCUUAUGCCAUAUAUUGAGAAGCAUAACUUUCCGGUGAAGAAUCUCUUGCAGCAAACUGUUAACCUCUCUAUCUUCUGGGAAGAGGCCAAGUGCAUUCCCACCCAUGGCGUGAAAAGAGCAAAGCGUACAGUAGGGAUAUGGCAUAGAAUUGUGGGGAGGAUGCAUUUCAAGCGCAAUACUUUUCCAGCUAGUUUAAAAAAAUGAAAAUCCAUCCUAUUCUGUUGUAACCUUGUUCAGAUACUAACAGUCCUACUACCCUUGGAAAAACAUGACAGUUGCCAGUGGGUUCGCAAUGCUCUUUACACCAGAGGUGGCUCUGCAGCAAGAGGUUGCCGCUUUGACAUGGCUAGGUGGCAUGAAACUGUCCAUAACUUGCACCAUUGGGCUGACUGGUGUAUAUUCCUGUGGAAAAUGAACUGGAGCUAAGGCUUAGAAAUUUCCCUAUGUUAAUGUGGGACUCUUCCCUACUCUCAGAGGGAUUUUUUUAUUAGAUUUUUUUAUUUAAUUAUUUAUUUGAUUGACUCCAGCCUGGGAAGCACUGUUUUUGUUGGGCAGGGGCACAUUUGGAUUGAGGCGUGGACUCAGUGGGGAACUGAGAAAGGAGUGCAGGUAACUGAGGUGGACCUUGCCUGUCUAGGCUGCCUGAUGCAGGGACAACGUCGAAGGGCUCGAGCAUAGGCAGAAGAACCAAUACGAGAGGAAGCCAGGUGUGUAGGGCAGGGGCAUGAGAGCUGGGUAUAGGUGGAUGGGGAAGAAGGUUCUGACUUCUAGGAGAGCAGGCUGUUUUUGUGUCUUCCCUCCUCCCCCCCAACAGCUAUGUGAGUGUGCACCAAAUUCCUGAGGCAGGACAGGGGUGAAGGGAGAUACCACCCAGACCUGUCACUUGAGGUUCAGUCAGUCUGUAGAAAUAAUUGCUCUCCGAGUCACAAGUGCAGAAUGGAAAGGAAAACCCAGUCAGUCUUUUCAACAAUUAAUGGUGCUUGUGAUCUCCACCUUGAUGUAAUCUCUGCUGCUUCUUAGAAGGGACCCUGCACACUCCAGCCGAACACGAUUCGUAACUGCUCUCUGCUUCCUUUCUGAAAUAAUUUAAGGUGAAAAGGAGCAAAGAAACAUCCCACAGCCUCACGUCCGCAAGUGAGGUGGGCAGAAAUCAGUUUCAUUUUUCUAAAGUAUGCAGACAGCCCCAGUGAGAUGCUGCCUAGAGGGUAACGUCAUGUUUCCCCAUUCUGGGGAAGAGAAGGCCCUCACUGCGCUUAGGCUGUUAAGAAUGUAGAAAGGCCACUGGAGGAUGAUCUCCUGAGCACUGAUUUACUAUGUAAAAAAAGCAAACCUCUCUCCUGUCUGUCCUGAGCUAACAUCAGUGAUUUCCCUGCGUUCCUGUGUAAUGGUUUUAACGUUACUCACUGGAGACAUUGGACUUUCUGGAGUUAUUUAACCACUAUGUUCAGUAUUUUAGGGGUUGAUAUGAUAAUUUAAUAUAAAUUUAGCUUUUCUUAACCACUC